ACCCAGCUGUGCUGAGCAGCAGCGCCAGCCUCCGGAGUCCCAGGCCCCGGCUCCCAGCCAUGCCCUGGCAGCUCCCUGCAGCGAUGGUGCUCUUCCUGUCCCUGGCCGUGAUUUUGCAUCAUGGCAGUCAAGUAAGAGCAACAGGGUUUCCAGAAAUCACAGGCUCUUCUCAACCUACAAGAGCAGCAACAGUACAGGCCACAGCAAAACCUUCUUUCCUGAAACGGACUAGCCAAGUGCCUCACAGAACUACAGCAGCAAGUUCAACGGAUAGUCACGUCCCCUCUCAAACAGCUGCCACAACCUCCAACUCUGAGACCCCAACGACACACACAACAAUAAAAACUCUAACAACAACCUCUCCGAUAACUACAAACAGCACCCCAUCCACCAGCCCAAAAAUCCACACUCUAGUCACAACCCUGGCCACACCCAACAACUCACACACGGCUGCUCCCGUCACCGAGGCUACAAUCGGCCCCAGUACAGCUCCUGGUUCACCGCCCCCCACUAUCACCCCACCAGCCCAUACAACUAGACCCAACCCAUCGACUGCCAGCCACACAACUGGGAAGACCACCCAACCCAGUAGCCAGACCACCCUUCCAGCAACUUUGUCCACCUCACCACACAUCCACACAACCAGUCAGAAGCCCACUCAACCCACCCAUGCCCUGGUCACAACCACAGCUGCACACAAUGCCACCCACACAGCCUCGCCUGCCACCAUAGCUCCAGGGCCCACCCUGGCACCUCAGCCAUCACCAGCCAAGACUGGAAUUUAUCAAGUUCUAAAUGGAAGCAGGCUCUGUAUCAAAGCAGAGAUGGGGAUACAGCUGAUGGUUCAAGACAGGGAGUCGGUUUUUUCACCUGAGAGAUACUUCAACAUUGACCCCAAUGCAACUCAAGCCUCUGGGAACUGUGGCUUCCGAAAUUCCAACCUUCUCUUGAACUUCCAGGGUGGAUUUGUGAACCUGACAUUCACCAAGGAUGAAAACUCAUAUUAUAUCAAUGAAGUGGGAGCCUAUUUGACCAUCUCAAAUCCAGAGAAAAUUUACCAAGGAAUGAAGAGCUCUGUGAUGAUGUUUGAGACGGUGAUCGGGCAUUCCUUCAAGUGUGUGACUGAGCAGAGCAUCCAGCUGUCAGCCUACCUUCAACUGAAGACAAUGAAUGUCCAACUUCAAGCCUUCGAUUUCGAAGAUGACCACUUUGGAAAUGUGGACGAGUGUUCCUCUGACUACACAAUUGUCCUUCCCGUGAUUGGGGCCAUCGUGCUGGGUCUCUGCGCUGUGGGUUUGAUUGUCUAUGGAAUCCGCCUAAGGCGUGAAUCAUCUGGAUACCAGAGAAUCUAAUGGGUGCCCAGGGGAAAGAAAAGAAUGGAGCUUAGAAAAUUCUUUCGUCGUUUCCAGGGUACUGGGGGCUUCCCUUAGAGUGUUGGUCCUUCCAGCAAUGUCAACCACCUCUCACAAAAACCGAGUCAUUUCUGAUUUAACUUCAA